AAUGUCGUCUCCGUUGCCCAUAACGUAAGUUGAAGAAUGAGCCAGUGAGAGAAAGGGACUGCGAAUCACAUAGAAGAAUUUGUUUUAGUUUCCUCAAAUGAUGUUCAUUUGAAAGUAUUUCGAGACUUCGUAGGUGUGUUUAGGUUUUGUACAGUUGUUAUGCUUAGUUAGAGACCUCCGUGAGUUGUUUGUCUAUGUUUAAUAACUGAUUAAUGUGAGGCUCAUCCGCUAGUCGGUUAGCAAAGCGCCUCUGCCACUGCGAUGAUGGAAACUUGAGCAGCUCAAAGCAAACACUCAUCCAGCUCCCCAGACCACCCAAACACAGGACCUCUGUGCCAGGCAACAAAAUGCAGACCAUAAAGUGUGUUGUUGUUGGUGAUGGUGCAGUGGGAAAGACCUGCCUGUUGAUCUCCUACACUACUAAUGCGUUCCCAGAUGAAUACAUUCCUACGGUUUUCGACAACUACAGCACUCAGACCUGUGUGGAUGGCCGUGCCGUCAGCCUCAACCUGUGGGACACGGCGGGUCAGGAGGAGUACGACCGCCUGCGAACCCUCUCUUACCCGCAGACGCACGUCUUCAUCAUCUGUUUCUCUGUGGCCAGCCCUUCCUCUCAUGCCAACGUCCGGCAUAAAUGGCACCCGGAAGUGUGCCACCACUGUCCUGGUGUGCCUGUGUUGCUGGUAGGCACUAAGAGAGACCUGCGAGGGGAUAAGGAGACUCUGGAGAAGCUGAAAGAGCAGGGGAUGAGUCCAACCACUCCACAGCAGGGCAGCGCAUUGGCCCGCAGCAUUGGUGCGGUGCGAUAUCUGGAGUGUUCAGCCCUUUUGCAGGAGGGGGUCAGAGAGGUCUUCAACGAAGCAGUCAGGGCCGUUCUCUACCCCAAUGCCAAGAAGCAUGCCAAGAAAUGUGUGCUGUUAUAACUACGUGAGGGUGUGUGCUUGAGAGAGAUUUUAUGAAGGGUGGAAUGUAAGUGUCAUGUGAUUGUCUCUGCAAAGGUGUGUUGCUACCACUUUAUGUUUGUAUUUCUACACUACAGUUAGCAAUAAGUGCACAGACUGUUAAUAAGAGAGACUGUGUGCUGGUGUAUUUGUGCUUCAACUUUAUGUAUGUAUCACCUAAGACAUAAAUACGGUGUUGUAAUCUAAAGUCAGGCAGACCAGGGCAGUGGAGUGGAUUUGUCUGAAGGACUAUAGGCAUCAAUGACUUCUACCUUGCUGUAGAGCCUUAAAAACCCCAGCAUAUUUUUAGGAAUCACUCAGAGGAUAUUUCAUGCACCAAAGUGUAAAUUCGGUCUAAAUUCAGACUGGAUGUCUUAUGAAGGUGCCGUCUUUCCCGUACCGCAUCACUAACACAAUUAGGAGGGCUCACAAUCCACCUGAUAUGCAUGGUAUUUUAAUUUGAGAUCCUUAGGCUUGAUGACCUACGUAUACCACAACAUGCCAUUGUCUUGUAUUGUUGCCUUUGUGGGGUUGAUUGACUUUUAAAUCAGGAAAUUCUGUGGAAUCCCAGCGUGCCUUUAGUGCUUGGCCCCUUCUCUGACAUCUCAUAAACUCCUUCCUCUCUGCUCAUUAUAUCUAAGGUGCUACUUUGGGUGUCAGUUGACAUUUAUUGCUGGAAAGGGCUGCUGAAAGUUUACAGAGAGCUUUUGUAGCUUACCUGCCUUCUAUAAGAGCUGUAAAUGAAGGGAUAUAGUGCUGUUUUAUAACACUCUUGAGGUAGAAAUGAAGAUCGUUUGUAUUUGGAUCAUUGUGCCUGAAUCCUCACAAUUUACAACCCUGUUUUAGAAACUGAAGUGCCACUAAUAUUUGUAUUAUUUGUAUUUUACCCUGAAUGUUGAUUCACUCCAAUGAAGUGACCUGAUAAGAACUGAUGGAGGAGAUAAACACUGUCUUUCAUCUCCGUUAUACAAUGAAACAUCCAGACUGUAGUUAAUGUACACAAUAACUCAGAACAUUAAUUUCAUUCAUACAUUCAUUUGGGUCCACAUUUAAAUUUUAUAUAUUGAAUGUCUUCUUUUUAUAUGAUAAACAUCAGCUAUUUACCUUUCCUUUUUUUAAGCUAAAGGCUGCUUUCUCAACAAUUUUGUUUAUAGGACAUCAAUAACACACCAACAAUUGGCCCCUUUGUAUUCCUUUUUUUUUUAAGCUGUUUUUAUUUCUUGAAACUCAUUAUUUUAAGAAUAUACCUCCACUUGCAUGAGAAAAUAAACCAGUUUUAAAGUAAAA